AUGGAGGAGCUGAGCAGCGUGGGCGAGCAGGUCUUCGCCGCUGAGUGCAUCCUGAGCAAGCGACUCCGCAAGGGCAAGCUGGAGUACCUGGUCAAGUGGCGCGGCUGGUCCUCCAAACAUAACAGCUGGGAGCCAGAAGAGAACAUCCUGGACCCAAGGCUGCUCCUGGCCUUCCAGAAGAAGGAACACGAGAAGGAGGUGCAGAACCGGAAGAGAGGCAAGAGGCCAAGAGGCCGGCCAAGGAAGCUCACGGCAAUGUCCUCUUGUAGCCGGAGUUCCAAGCUCAAGGAGCCCGAUGCUCCCUCCAAGUCCAAAUCCAGCAGUUCUUCCUCUUCCUCCACAUCUUCCUCCUCUUCCUCAGAUGAAGAGGAUGACAGUGACUUAGACACCAAGAGGGGCCCUCGAGGCCGUGAGACCCACCCAGUGCCUCAGAAGAAGGCCCAGAUCCUGGUGGCCAAGCCUGAGCUGAAGGAUCCCAUCCGUAAGAAGAGAGGACGCAAGCCCCUUCCCCCAGAGCAAAAGGCAGCCCGGAGACCCAUGAGCCUGGCCAAGGUGCUGAAAACUGCCCGUAAGGAUCUGGGGACUCCAGCUAGCAAGCUACCCUCUCCACUCAGUGCCCCUGUGGCGGGCCUGGCAGCCCUGAAGGCCCAUGCCAAAGAGGCCUGUGGUGGCCCCAGCACCAUGGCCACCCCAGAGAACCUGGCCAGCCUGAUGAAGGGUGUGGCCAGCAGCCCCAGUCGUGGUGGCAUCAGCUGGCAGAGCUCCAUUGUGCACUAUAUGAACAGGAUGGGCCAGGGCUCUGCCCAGGCUUCCAGCCGAUUGGCUCUCAAGGCCCAGGCCACCAACAAAUGUGGCCUUGGGCUGGACCUAAAGGUGAGGACGCAGAAAGGGGAUCUGGGGCUGAGCCCCCCAGGAAGCAAAGUCCCAAAGGCCCCCAGCAGUGGGGCUGCAGAGCAAAAGGCGGGGAGCACAGGGGGAGCCCCUCAUGCCCACAGCGGUAGCAGGAUCCCUGCUGGGUGCCCAGGCCCUCAGCCAGUGCCCACCCAGGAACUGAGCCUCCAGGUCUUGGACUUACAGAGUGUCAAGAAUGGUAUGCCUGGGGUGGGCCUGCUCGCCCGCCACACCUCGGCAACCAAAGGUGUUCCCACCACCAACUCAGCUGCUGGGAAGGGUUCUGGGGGUGGCCCCACUGGGGGCAGUGGAGCCAGCAUGUCCACCGAAACAAGCAAAAGUGAGAAGCUGGCCCCUAGGGUGGCAGCUCUGCCCACCCCUACAGGCAAGAGGGACUGUGUUAAGGGUGGUACUACCCACCGUGGGCAGGAUGGUCGAACAGCCCCAGGAGACAUCCGCAAGGCAGCAGUGCUGCCGGAGAUGAGUGCCGGCGAGGACAGCAGCAGCUCCGACUCAGACCCUGACUUGGUGUCGCCACCCAGCACUGGGCAGAACCUGUCAGUGUCCGUCCAGACCAGCCAGGACUGGAAGCCCACUCGCAGCCUCAUUGAGCAUGUCUUUGUGACUGACGUCACUGCCAACCUCAUCACUGUCACGGUGAAGGAGUCCCCCACCAGUGUGGGCUUCUUCAACCUGAGGCAUUACUGAAGGCCCUGCUGCCAGCUGUCUGGGUCUUAUCUGCCCUGCCUCUCUGAACUAAACUGAAGCCCAAACCCUCUGGAAGGGCUGGCUCGGGGAAGAGAGGUGUGUGAGCUCCUCUCCGGGCAGGUGUGGAAGGGGCUUCUCCCCAGUGCCCGCCCUGUCCUGGGUCUUGGGCAGGGACCUGUGUCUUUGCCUUGGUGGGGCCAGGGUCCCCACACUCCUACCUCUUGGCUGCUUCCUCACUCUUCUGGCUCACCUCAGGCACCUGUGGCUCCAGCCAUUUGGAAGAUCAGGUUCCCUGAGUGCAGCCACCCUCCCUACCUGGUGGCUCUUGGCAGCUUUGCUCUGCUCUCU